UCUCACGCCGCAUGCUUGUAGUUUAUUAAGAAGAAUUUGAUGAUCUACACAAUCAAAUGCCUUUGAGAGAUCCAUAUAAAGCGCACAAACGGGUGUCUUCUUAUCAACGUGGGUAAUAAUAUUUUCGAGGAAAUUAUAAAUUGCAGCAUUUAUGCAUUUAUUCUUCCUAAAACCAUAUUGCUCUUUGGAAAGUAUGUUAUGCUUCUCAAAGAAAGUGUAAAGUCUGUCAUGUAUAACCUUCUCAAAGAUCUUAGAGAUAGUGGGAAUCAACGCAAUGGGUCUAUAACAGGUCAUUGAUGACUUAUCAUCUUUCUUAAAAAGAGGUUUUAUAAUUGUUAUUUUUAAUUUAUCAGGGAAGACUCCAUCUGCAAUGCAUAAGUUGAUUAUAUAGCUCAGUACAUUCGAUAUUUUAGACGAUACGUAUUUUAAUAUCACUGUGGAUACGUCAUCAUAACCUGUACUGUUAGUGUUCUUUAGACUGGUAAUCAUGUCAAACACUUCCCUUGGGAAUGUAUAAGGUGUCAUAUAUAAUGAAUUUGGGAUAUUUCGUGGCUAAAUAUUAUUACUAUUAUUAUUGGAAUUAAACUGUGUUACCUGGUCAAUAAAAAAAAUAUUAAAAGAAUUUGCUAUAGUCUUAGGAUUUGUUAUAAUAAGUGAAUUGUCAAUUUUAAUGUCAGUUAUUUGAUUUGUAGGUGCGUUGUAUUGCAUAUUAUUAAUAAUUCUCCAAGUCGCUUUGCACUUGUUACUAGAGUUGCAUAUAUAUUCAUCGUUUUGAGACUUCUUUGUGGAUUUUAUUAUCCUGUCUAACCUAGCCGCUAAGGUUUUAAAAUUUGUUUUAUUUGUUAAAGUACGCGACCUUCGGUAUUGCCACAAAUAUUCUCGUUUGCGUUUACAGCAAAGUUUAAUACCCUUUGUUAUCCACUUUGGACGUUUUCGAGCAUUUAUUUUUACAAAGGAGAGUGGAAAACAUAAAUAAUAGAAGAGAGUGAAAGUUUCAUAAAAAAUAUUAAAUGCUUUAAGUGCGUCAUUUUCUUCAAAAACUUCAUUUUAAGAGAGGGAAUUUAUGUAUUCUUUGAAUUUACGAAUAUUUUCCUGGCUGUAAUCUCGUUUCUCUAUAAACCAAUUUGCUAAAAUACAUUUACGCUUUACUGGGCAAGUUAGUAAUUGAGCCGUAUGGUCUGAGAGAGCAAACUCAAGUAUUUUAGAUUUGCAACCAUGGAUGGAGUGAAGAAAAUUAUCAAUACACGUACCGCUUAUUGUACGAGUAGCUUCAGUAAAAGCCCACUUUAGAUUAUAACUUGAUACAGUGAGUAGAAAAUCAGAUGAUAAUCUAUUCUUUUUCAGAAUGUCAAUAUUAAAGUCCCCACAAAUUAUAACUUUACAUUUAGGUCGGCAAAAUUGGCUUAGCAAUAAAUUAAAUUUUUCGAAGAACAUUUUUAUGUCUUCAUGAUUAGGUUUAGGUGGUCUAUAUACGCAUAGCACAAGAAUUUUAUGAUCAACAAGUUGCACUCCAGAAACCUCGAUUAUACACUCAAUGCAUAUACUUUUUAGACCAUUGACAACUUUAAAUUUAUGGGCAUUACGGACUAAGAUACAGCUCCCGCCGCGUCUAGUUUGACGUGUAAAACAGGAGGCCAGUGAGUAGUUGGGAAGAGUUAAUAGCUUCAUGUCACUAGUUAUCAGGUUGUGCUCAGUCACACACAAAACAUCAAUCAGACAUGUUUCUUUUUCAAGUUUAUCUAGAGAUAUUGACAAUAAAUCCAUCUUUGCUAAAAGUCCAUUAAUAUUCUGGUGUAAAAUAUACAGAUUAUUGCACACGAAAAAGGUCGCUGAUUCGUUCCGAACAUGCGUUAUCUUUACUAAUAUAUUUUUGAUUUGUUAUUUUUUUAAAGUAAUAUGGUAUAGUACCAGGCUUAUAGUUGCUAACACGGUUACCAUUAGUGUUUGAGUGUGGUGGCAAAGAUUCGAUAGAAGUAAUGUAUUGUUUCAAAUUGUUAAAUAUGUUAAACAAGCCAUUAUUAUUUAUUUUGCCAGUGUAUUUACAGAACAUAUUAGGGUAGGGUGGUAGCCUAUGAACCGCGUGUACACUAUGAACCAUAGUACCUACCGGCCAUACCCAACGUUGCCAGCUCGCGCAAAAAACAUGUCAGCACUCGCUUGCCACGUCGUGAAGUUUGAUCCAGUCGCCGCGCGCUUGUCGCGACAUACGCACGCGUGAGUCGCGUCUUUGUGUUUACUCAAGCAAAAACGACGAAAAAAACCAUGGGACGAAAUACGGUUGGAAGGGAAGCUCGUAAAAAGGGGUAUCACACCGCGGAAGCCAUACAAAGAGGUAUAGAGAAACACUUGUCGGGAUUAAGCAUUCGAAAAGCAGCCAAAGACUGUAACCUUCCUUAUCCAACACUGCGAAGGUACGUCACAAAAUACAGGAACAAUCCGUCGUGUAGACUAGAGCCCCAUUAUGAUGCAAGUAAAAUUUUUACUGACCAACAAGAAGACAGCAUAAAGGAAUAUUUGUUGGAUUGUGCAAAUAAAUUCUAUGGCCUAACUUCUAAAGACUGCCGCAGAAUUGCAUACCAACUGGCAGUGAUAAACAAAAUCGAAAUGCCACCAUCAUGGAAAGUUCAUGAAAUGGCAGGCCGAGAUUGGAUGAGGGGGUUUAGGGCAAGACAUCCUGAAUUGACUGUGAAAAAACCCGAGCCUUGUAGUAUAGCAAGGGCUACAGCAUUUAAUAAAAUAAAUGUGCAAAAUUUUUUCGACAACCUUAAAGAAGUUUUAAGUCGCAAUCCAUCAUUUGCAAAUGGCAGCCGAAUAUAUAAUCUAGAUGAAACCUCGACCACAACAGUGCAACGUCCACAUAAAGUGCUGGCAGCUAAAGGACGCAAUGUCUGUAAAGUCACAAGUGGGGAGCGCGGAAUUUUGGUUACCACUUGCUGUAUUGUAAAUGCGAUUGGUCAGGCCUUACCUCCAGCUAUGGUAUUUCCACGAAAAAAUUUUAAGGCACACAUGCUGUAUGGGGCACCCCCAGGAACACUUGGGCUAGCCGCACCCAGCGGUUGGAUGAAUACAGAAUUAUUUGUUGAAGUAAUGAAGCAUUUCAUCCAGUUCACUUCAGCAUCGACCGAUAACCCAGCUUUGCUUAUUCUAGAUAAUCACGAGAGUCACCUGUCUAUAGAAGCUCUAGAUCUAGCUAAAGCCUCAGGUGUAACUGUCCUUACGCUUCAUCCUCAUACCACGGCUAGACUGCAACCUCUGGAUGUUGGAUUAAAUGGUCCAUUCAAGUCUUUUUAUAAUUCAGCAAUAGACUCGUGGUUAUUACGUAAUCCAGGAAAAAAUUUAAGCAUUUAUAAUGUUGCUGAAUGCGUAGGUAUAGCAUAUAUGAAAGCUAUGACUCCAACAAAUAUAACACAAGCGUUCAAAAAAUGUGGUAUUUUCCCAUUUGACGAUCAAAUAUUCACAGAUAUUGACUUUUUACCAAGUGAGAUAACUAAUAGACCACCACCAAAUGUAAUAGAUGUAGAGAAAUACCCUGAUGAUGUUGGACGUUGUGGGUCACCAUCUAUAUUGACACCAGCUAUUUACAGUGACGAUGAUGAAACUGAUGCAGAAAUUGAGAACAUUAUGGAAGAAUUACCCUAUAACAAACCUUUACCAUCCACUUCAUAUCACACACCAUCGACAUCCGAGGUUCACAUUACGCCGCAAGCAGAAGUUUCCGCUGCUAUAACGGAUGAUCGCGAAUCAAACUAUAUUUUUCAGUCUCAAGUGAUGUCUAGUCCCAAUAUUGUAACUCAAGAGAUUGCAUCUUGUUCCAAAGAAACAUCCCAGCCGACUGCAUCCACGUCCAGAGUUCAGAUUUCAUCUGAAAUAAAAACUAGUUCUCCAAAAAUGUCAGGAGGUUCCAAUAACUUUAUUUCACCAAAGAUUUUCAGGCCACCAUUAAAAGCAGGACCUCGUAAGACUAUCAAAAGAAAACUAGGAAAGAGUAUGAUAGCUACUGACACACCCGAGAAGAACGCUUUAGCUGAAAAGAAACAAAAUAAAGAGAAGAAGAAGAAAUUAGCAAAAGUAGUGAAAACAAAGCUUUUUGAAAGCAUUAAGAGAGAACAAUCAGAUACAUCUGACGACGAAGAGUUCAUUUGCAGUGGCUCAUCUUCUGGAGGAGAUUUUUUUAUUGAAUCCGAUGAGGAAGAGAUUAUCUUAAAUGACAACUUCUCUCCAUUAUCGAGGAAACCUCGACCUGAUGACUACGUUAUUGUGGCAUUCAAUAUAAAAAAGUUAAAUGUUUUCUACGUGGCACAAAUCUUAGAAGAGCUGGAGGAAGAAGACGGCGAUUAUUAUGUAUCAUUUUUCAAAUUAAAAAGCAAAAUUACACAAACAUUUUCGCUACCACUUGAACCAGACACAGCAGCUGUGAAUAAGACAGAUAUAAAAUACAUUUUACCUCUUCCCAACAUUAAUGGCACGGUUCGUCGACAAGCAACAUACAAAUUCCCUAUCGAUAUGUCCCUACUGAACUUGAGAUAUUAACGUCUUGAGAUAGUAACGAUUUUUGAUUUUGAUCUCUUUCAUGAACAAUUAGCAUUUUAGAAGACAUUUUAAGUAAUUUUUAUUGUUAUGUUGAUUUUUUUUUACAUUUAGAAACUUGUUAUGUUGAUCUCUCGUGAGCAUACUAUGACUGAGAACGAGCGAACUGAUAGUUCCUAUUUUUACUUAGUGCUAAGUACAAUUUGUGAUUUAUAGAUUAAGACUGAUUGUGAUAAAAACAUAAGUGAUUUUAUAAAUGUUCUGAUGAUUCUAUUAAUAUUAAUAAGUAAGUACAAACUGUUUUUUCUUAUUUAGGUAGAGUUUAUGCGUAACAAAACUUUCAAAAAGUUUAUGAUUAUUGUUAAAAAGUAAGU